UGAUUAGACGUACAUUUGAAAGUCAACUGUAAUCACAUUUUUCUUUGUAAACAAAAAAAAAAAGUGCAUUCCAAUAUUUAGCUAGCUUAUUUUCAUACACGAUUGAGGAAUCCCACCAUUAUUAUAGUCUAUACACAAUGAAUAAGCAGGACGUUCGUAUCAAAGCGACUUCCUUGACGACCGAUAUCAAGCUUUCAAGCGACCAAUUACAGUGGGCACGUGUUGUUCAGUACGCUUUCGUUUUCUCUUCUUUACGGACAGCAGAAGAGCACGCCGCGAACAAACAAGCCUGUCAAAAUGUAGAGACGUUGUGAAUAUUUUCGGUUCAAUAUCUCUCGGAUGAUCGAUCUUGAAAUCUUCGUGAUUGGUGACAACGAAAAGUCAGCCUCCUUUACACCGAUAAACAUGCAUAGUACAUGGAAGCAAAUUCCUGGUGGCCACUGACUUCGCUGACACUUUAUCAUGACUCGAGCCCCUCGAAGUCGCUCUAGGUCAAAGCCAUUGCCACUUCGAGACGGACAAUCGUCGAUGAAGAUACAAUAUAGAGAGCGUGAGCUCGUUGGAAAAUCUUGGUAAAACUCGUGACAGUAUCCUUGACAAUGAAAGUUGUUAUGCGAUCAAGAACGUUAACGAUUACUGUAUCUUCGUUUCUAUCUUCGUACGGUACGUUAAAUUUGGAGAUGAGAUCGAAUUAGUUUGUGUACGAUCAGGUAUGGCAGGGUAUAAAAACAAACGAGUCAAACUAUUUAUAAAAGAUAUGACGUGAUGAGUUGCCACAUAUGUAUGUUUUUUUAUAAAAAAAAAAAAAAAAAAAGAGAGAAGAAAAAAAAAGGAAAUAUUAUGACUUUUGCGUGUCGCAAAAGUUGAUGGUCGCGAGAGGACGAUUAGCAAGCAAGGGAAGGAUGAACGAUACUCGUAAAUAAACGAACGAUGACGGAAUAAAAUAGCGAGGAACGAGAGCUGUAUCUGGACCGGUACGGUUCUGGAGAUCGGUGCUUUCUCGAUCCCUUGGGAAGGAACGACAGUGACACGGCACCGGCUGGCACAGCAGCGAUUAUCUCUCGAGUCGUGUGUGAUGACAACGCAAGCACUACACGUCGUCUUCGAUCUGCCGAUCGACAGUCUGAAAACGAUCCUCGGCGACGAAGGUACACGUGCGAGCUCCACCGAGAUCGAUCAUUUGUCUAUCUUCGGUCAGUGUAUGUGUGUAUAAGCAUUCACAUAUGUGUGAGACCGAGGAUCGGAUAGCAAAGAUACCGGUUUUUCUCUUUUGCACGCAACGUAAUCAAGCAAAUCGUAGUCGAUGCGAAUCACGAAGUACCAGCUAUGUCGUGAUAAUAAUCAGUCGAUACUAUUCGCGUUACGUUAUUAAAUUUUUUAUCUUUCGUACUUUCUCGAUCGUGUUAAUACAUCGUUGCUUUGUCUUUCAAGGAUUUCAACUAUUAUCACGAAAUGUAUGAUCACCAUUGUCUAUCGUUUAGUUGGUCUUGGUCGAUGACAAAAAAAGAUUGUGUAGCUUGGUGCUAAAUAAAAAUUACUUUCGAUCGAGGAUAAAAUUCACGAUCUCCUUCUUCUCUUCUUUUAUUUUCUUGUGAAAGUUUGUGGGGGAUCGAUCUAUCGUUAUGAUCGAGGAAACUUUGAUGUUCGACAUGGCAGACGAGCUAUUAUUUUCUGCUUUGGGAUUAACGACGGAUACAAACUUCGAUAGGCCACUAUCAUCACCCUGUGUAUCGAAUCUACCCUCCGAAUAUGAAUCCUCCUGCAGAACUCCUUUGAGCGAUGAUUCAGAGAUCAUCGACAAUCAUGCAACAUCUUUAAAGACACCCGUUGAAUGUUACACAGAAUUAACGUGUUCUCCGAAGGAUUCGUGGAACGAUUGGAUGACAAACACGUCUACAUCUUCCUCGGGUUGUUUGAGCGAAUUGAGCGAAUUAGAUUCCGAAUUAGAGUGGUGCUUGGAUAGAACUUGGAACUCUGGUCUUCCUGAAAGAACACCACUUUGUACAGCGGGAUGCGAAGGAUUUUUACAUUUGCCUUUACCAAAUCCGCAACAAGUAUUCAAUAACGACGAACCUUUGCUCGUACUUGGUAUCGAUUUAAGGGCAUUAGAAAAUACAUUAGGACCGGAGGAGAUAGUUACAGAUUAUAAUAAUAAUCAAUUAGAAGAGAAUUUACUUAUUUCGUCAGCAGCUAACGCAGCAUUGGCCACUCACGAUUACACUAAUCGUAAUUUGGCUAAUGCAGCAGAGGACAGAUGUUUUCCAUGUACUUAUCAAGGCUGUCUAAAGGUCUACGCUAAAGCAUCUCACUUAAAAGCUCAUCUACGUCGUCAUACAGGAGAAAAACCAUUCGCCUGUACAUGGUCAGGUUGCGGAUGGCGUUUUAGUCGAUCAGACGAAUUGGCGAGGCAUAGAAGAUCGCAUUCGGGAGUGAAACCCUAUCCUUGCGAAAUGUGCUCGAAAAGAUUCGCACGCAGCGAUCACCUAGCGAAACAUCGUAAGGUGCAUAGGAAAAAUACUUAUCCAUUGUUUCAAAAUGGACGUGGAUUCCGUAGUGGGAAAACGAACGUAUUACCAGAGAUUUAGUGAAUUCUCAUUCCAAAGAUAAUUUCGUUAAGAGUUAGCAACACAAAAAGAAAUAAAGUCUGUGGAGAUCUUAAAGUAUAAGUAAUACCUCAUGCAAAUACUCGUGUGUACAUUAUUACGUGCUUCGAUUACAUCGUGCCCUUUAUAAAGUAAGAGCAUUAAAAAUCCGCAUUAGAUAAUAGAUUUAAAGAAAAUUUUUAGACGAUUACUCACAGAGUCUUUCGAAAAUGGUCGACGAGGAUUUAUAUUAUUGCUUUGUUUUCUCCAAGUUCCCCAAUAUGGUGGUCGACGAUUUUCAUGAAAUUGUAAUAAUUUUGGCCGAUUUUUGUCCACGACAACUUUAGGUUGGAAGAUUAUACUCGAUUUACUACCAUUCUCUUCUUCAUCUGUGCCAUAACGAUUAAAGGACAAAUAAAUAUUUUGUAUAAAUUAA